AUGAUAGAAUCGUCAAUAUCAAGAUUCGAUAACAUAACAGACAAUAGCGAGCUAACAAAUGGCGAUGGUAUAUAUUAUAUUAAAUGUAAUUGGCAACACAACUCCUUCACAAUAUACCUCACGGAUCUCACAAAUGUUUGGUCAUCCAACAUACCUUCAAAAUAUAUAGACAAUAUAUUAAAACCUCAAGGAAUGGCAUCUGAAGAAUAUAUGAAUUUAUUAAAGAAAUCACUUUUAAAUCAAGAUAUCACCAAAAAACAAUUUGACUAUAAAAUUAAUAAAUCUAAAAAAUCAUCUAGUGACAUAGAGCUUUGUAUUAUAAUUAUUUUAUCAGAAUUUGAUAAUAUCAAUAUAAAAUCAAACAUACCACUUAUCAAAGUUAACAACACCCAUCAGUCAUUCCAAAACUAUUUCAACUGGCUAUUUGAAAAAUAUAAAUCAUUAACAGAUCAAAACCAACAACUUGUACAAUUAAAUCAAUCAUUACAAUUACAAUUUAAUCAAUCAAUAGAGCAAAAUAAGAUAUUUAUAAAGGAAAAAGAAAAGAUAGAAUCUGAUCUAUAUGAAAAGUUUAUAAUAAUAUUAAACGAAAAGAAAAAGAAAAUUAAAGAAUUUAAACAAAAAAUUGAAGGUUUAACAAUUGAAAAUAAUAAUUUAAUAAAACAAAAUCAACAUAAUAAUAAUAACAAUAAUAGUAAUAAAAAACUACCCCAAGCACCAAUAAAAAACACACCUAAAAAGAAAAUAAAAUUUAAUAAUAGUAGCUAUGGUUCAAUAUUUGAUGAUAUUAUGCACAAUGGUGAUAACGAUGAUAAUGAUGAUUUCAAAAAUACAAUUGAUGACAUAGACAAUACCUAUAAACCAACAUUUAACAACUCUACUCUAUCUAUAGAUCUACUUUCCAAUGAUGAUGCAUAUAGCGUACCAAUAAGUGUUAGAAAAAGAUUUAAACCUCCGAACAACAGUAAUGAUAUGAAUAAUACUCUGACCACAACCUCUACCGCUUCUACCACACCAAUUACAAACCUAUCGAGUAAUUUAAAAACACCAACCAAGAAGAGAACUAGUAUAUCCCCAAAGAAAUCCCCAUUCAAGCAGCCCCAACAACAACAACCACAACAACAACAACAGCAGCAGAAACAACAACCCACUCUUAAUUAUCGCCCAUCACCCAUUAAGAAACGACAGAGUACCAAUAGUAACUACAUAACCCAUCGAGUACAGCUAUCAAGGCAAAUUCAAAUCUAG